AUGUACCCGUCGCCUCCCGCAUCUCCCACCCAAAAUGGACUCUGUGCGCCGGAAGAUCGACUAGGUCAAAUCCUUGCUGGUAGGCUUCAACUCACUGGUAUCCUCGGAGUCGGAGCUUAUGGAGUUGUCUACACUGCCGUGGACAUCCAGACCAACGUUCCCUAUGCUGUAAAGGCGCUUAACAAGAUUGGCCUUGAGCCUCGUCAGCGCAAGUUCCAGCAGCGAGAAAUCCAGCUCCACCACCAGGCUAGUGCGCACCCCAACAUUGUUUCUCUGGUCAAGAUCAUGGACGCUCCAGACUGCACCUACGUCGUCAUCGAGUACUGCCCGGAAGGUGAUCUUUUCUCAAACAUCACUGAGCAGGGCAAGUUCGUUGGUAACGAUGACUGGGCUAAGCGUGCUUUCCUCCAAAUUCUGGAUGCCGUUGAAUACUGCCACUCUAUUGGAAUCUACCACAGGGACCUGAAGCCGGAGAACGUCUUGGUCACCGACCAGGGCUUGACUUGCAAGCUCGCCGAUUUUGGACUGGCCACUACUGAGCACGUUACCUCUGACUUUGGAUGCGGCUCCACCUUCUACAUGUCUCCUGAAUGCCAGACAUCAGCGCCCAAGGCUUACUCCUGCUACGCCUCGGCUCCGAAUGACAUCUGGAGCCUCGGAGUCAUCCUCGUCAACCUCACUUGCGGACGCAACCCCUGGAAGCGAGCUUCUUCCGAAGACAGCACCUUCCGCGCUUUCAUGAAGGACCCCAAGUUUCUCAGGACCAUCCUUCCUAUUUCCUUGGAGCUGGACGCCAUUCUGAGGCGCAUCUUCGACUUCAACCCUGCUAAGAGAGCCACUAUUCCAGAGAUCAGGCAGAUGAUCCUCAACUGCUCCGCCUUCACGGCCACCAAGGCAGCAGUGUCGACUCCUCUGCCCUCGCCUCCUCUCAGCCCCUACUACGACUGCUACCAGGCUCCGGCUGUUUCUUCCAUGGCUCCUCUGCCAGGUGCUGUUUACGCCCCGGCCUUCUACCCUCAGCACUCCACUUCCUCUGGCAGCUCAAGCUCGGACAACGACUCUGUGUUCUCUGCAUGUUCAUCAGCGUCGUCCUCGUCCUCUACCGCUUCCUACCAAAGUGUUUACUCUGCCCCAGCCCAGAAGUUUUCUUCUCGAGUUCCUCAACAACAAUACGUUUCUCCCCCUGCUCCCACCAACACUUGGUUCCAGCCUUUCAUUCAUGCUGCCAACCUGGUCAAGCAUGUGUCCUUCCAGCCAUCUAUGAUGGCUGCACCGGUCCACGUUCACUAG